AUGAGUCUGCUCCAGCUUCGCGAUGUGCUGCUCGAGCGGGAUGAUAGCAGCAUCUAUCUCUCGUCGCGUGGCACCGAGGCUCUGGCCGUGAGCAUCGUAUUCACGAUUUUGGCAACGGCCUUCGUGGGUGCGCGGCUGUAUACCCGGGCCAGGUUGAUGGGACGCAUGGAAUCGAACGACUGGAUGAUUGUCAUUGCGCUGAUCAACUCAUUUAUUUUCAUGGGCUUGGAUGUCGUAGAAGCCAGCAGCGGAAUGGGCAUGCACCUCAAAGACCUCCCGCCGUACAUCCUUGAGCGCCAGAUGAAGGCCUUCUGGCUCACGAUCCCCUUCUACAACGCCGCUGUACUCUGCGCCAAAGCCUCGAUCCUGAUGCAGUACUUCCGGGUCUUCCCCACGACGCGCAUGCGCGUCGUGUGCUGGGUCAUGAUCGGCAUGUUGGGCAUCUAUGGGACGUGGGCGGUAGUCAGCGCAUUCCUCAACUGUAUUCCCGUGGCCAAGUUCUGGGACGAUGCGAUCGAGGGCUACUGUCUGAGCAAGCCCGAGCUGUGGUUCUCCAAUGCCAGCAUGCAUAUCGCCACCGAUCUCACCAUCCUCAUUAUUCCCAUCCCAGCUCUGUUGACAGUCGACUUGCCGAAAAAGCAGAAGUGUGCUCUGAUUGUGAUGUUUGCGUUGGGUGGUUUCGUCUGUGUCACCAGUAUCGCUCGCUUGGUCAGUCUAAAGAAGAUUUCCGAUUCCAUUGACCCUACCUACGACAACGUCGGCGCCGCAUCCUGGUCCGCCAUCGAAUGCAACACUGGCAUCAUUUGCGCCUGCCUGCCAACCCUCAAACCACUUCUUGCUCACGUCAUGCCUGGCAUGCUGUCCACCCUCAGCGGCGACCGCUACGGCAGCCGGGGUGUGUCAACGCGGCGCGCUUCAGUCACCUGGAACGGCGACGGGUCGACUCUCGGCGCACCAGGCGAAGACCCCGAAUAUGGACCCGGGAAUCCCGACCGGGCGCUGGCUCUGAUACCUAGCAAGAGUUUUAAGAGCAGAGAAAACAGCAUUUCCAACGAGAAGAAUCGCCUGGCCAAGGUCUCAUCAGUCCCCGAGCAGAGGCACCGGGCGUCGGCGUCUUCGUCUCUGCGCAAAUGA